CAAGACCCCCCCUCUCCAAGACCGCACUUGAUUGAGGCCCACUUAGAUGGCUAAUAUAACUGAUGGACUGACACAAACAGCUCUGCGGGAACCAACACUGUGAUCCACGGUGACAGUCUCUCUCCGACAACAAGGUGGAUGCGAGGAGUGGUGCUGCGCAUCCAGUCUGCGCUUCCAAGUGCUCUUCACAAGCCUGUGCGAGCUUCUCACCAACGCAGUGCGGCUUUAAGAGGACCACAGCGAGAGGAGUCUGAGCUUGGCUCCUCCUUCCUCCAUGAUGUCAGCCACCGGGAGAGCGAGCGAGAGCGGGAGAGAUGUGGGCGAGCACUGAGAGUUCAUCCAAUACUACCGAGACAUUUCCAGCUGAGCGCACGGCCACGGCGAAGCGUCCAUCCCGGCUCCGGCAAGUGACGCCGCACCGAGCCGCACUUUGAUCCAACCGGCGGAAGGCAGGAGGAGGGAGGGGGCGGGCAAGCCAAAUCACCGCAUCCCUCUUUUUGGGGGUGCGUAAGCCUGUACGUUAAUUAGCUGCAAGUUUUGCCAAGAGUGAGUGUUUUUACGCGCUUGGAUGGAAGUGUUUGGCGCACGUUUUGGCACAUCCGGUGUUGACCGAAAUGUCACAUCUAGGGAUGCAGAGUUAGGGUCGAAGAGAAGCUUGGACGUGUGAAGAGGAUUUUUUUUUUCAAACAAAGUUGCGUGCGUGUUAUUUUCUUCAGCUUGUGUGGACAACCGCUCAUUUGCGCAUGGAUAAGUUUUUGUAGUGGAUAUUUUUGUUUUUAUUUGCACCACAUUUUCCCAGCGAGGAUUGCCCCCCUCGUCUUACCCCCGCUUCAGCUCAAUAUGUGGCACUUGUUUUUUUGAAUAUUUUUGGAAAAGCAGCGAUGUCUUUACGCGGAGGCGCCACUAACUGAUUUUUUUUUUAGCCCAUCCAGCAAAAAAAGAAUUGCUUCUGUGGAAGUGAAGCCUCCAUCCACUCUCGAGUAUGAACUUAGCAAGUCAGACUUAUGUGCUGGUGGUCUUUCUCACCUCUGCGGCCUUGGUAUGCUGGGCCCAGGAGAGAGACUACACGGUGAAGGAGGAGCAGCCCGAGAAUGUCCGCAUCGGGAACCUGCGCAGGGACCUGGACCUAAAUCUGGAGCCCAACACCCGGCUGUCCUCACCCCUGCAGUUCAAGCCUGUGUACAAGACGGGCGACGUGCCUUUGGUGAGGGUGGAGGCCAAUACCGGGGAGAUCUUUACCACCAACCACCGCAUCGACAGGGAGAAGCUGUGCUCGGGUGUCUUUGCAGAGAAACGCUGCUACUAUGAGAUCGAGGUGGCCGUGUUGCCCGAUGAGAUCUUCCGACUCGUCAAGAUCCGCUUCCUGAUUGAGGACGUCAACGACAACGCGCCCCUCUUCCAGUCCACGGUCAUAAACAUCUCCAUCCCGGAGAACACGGCCAUCAACACCCGAUACCCGGUGCCCUCUGCCUUUGACCCGGAUGUCGGCAUCAAUGGGAUUCAACAUUACGAGCUGGUCAAGAGUGUUGGAGAAUUUGGCUUGGACAUCAUCGAGACACCCGAGGGGGACAAGUGGCCGCAGUUGAUCGUUCAGCAGAACCUGGAUCGUGAGCAGAAGGACACUUUCGUCAUGAAGAUAAAAGUGGAAGACGGUGGCAACCCUCCCAAGUCCAGCACGGCCAUCCUUCAAGUCACCAUCUCCGACGUCAACGACAAUCGCCCUGUCUUCAAGAAUAGCGACCUGGAGGUCACAGUACCGGAGAACGCCCCCGCGGGGACAUCGGUCGUUCAGCUUCACGCCACAGACGCAGACCUCGGGUCCAAUGCCCAGAUUCACUUCGCCUUCAGUAACCAGAUCUCUGCUGCGACCAAAAGGCACUUUGCCAUCGAUAGCACGACGGGAUUGAUCACUGUGAAGCAGCCACUGGACAGGGAGUUGACUCCCGUUCACAAACUCAUUGUCCUGGCCAGCGACGGCAGCUCCACACCCUCCAGGGCCACGGUGACCGUCAACGUCACCGAUGUUAAUGACAACGUUCCCUCCAUUGACACUCGCUACAUCAUCAACCUGGUGAACGGGACGGUUCUGUUGUCCGAGAAUGCCCCCCUCAACACCAAGAUAGCCCUCAUCACAGUCACGGACCGAGAUGCGGAUCUCUACGGCAAAGUCACCUGCUACACGGACCAUGAUGUUCCAUUUCGGUUGAAGCCUGUCUUUAAUGAUCAGUUUUUACUGGAGACAGCUGCUCCACUCGAUUACGAGAUGACUCGAGAAUAUGCAAUUAGGAUAGUGGCUUCGGAUAGGGGGACGCCUCCUUUGAACACUUCAGCUAUGGUUUUAAUUAAAAUCAAGGAUGAGAACGACAAUGCGCCCAUCUUCCCCCAGCCAGAAAUCCAACUUUCCAUACCAGAGAAUAAUGACCCGUCAUCACAGUUAAUCAAAAUCAGUGCCACUGAUGCCGACAGCGGACAUAACGCCGAGAUUAUUUAUACCCUUGGCCCCGAUGCUCCCGAUGGCUUUAACAUAGACAGACGAUCUGGAGUUCUUUCAGUUGGCAAACGGCUGGACAGAGAGAAGCAGGAGAGGUAUUCCUUCACUGUCAUAGGGAGGGACAACGGUUCCUCGUCCCUGCAGAGCAAUGUCACAGUCAGGCUAAUCGUGCAGGACCUUAACGACAACAGCCCGGCUUUCACGCACCCCGAGUACAACUUCUAUGUGCCUGAAAACCUUCCGCUCUUUGGAACUGUGGGCUUGAUCACAGUGACGGACGCAGACGCGGGAGAUAAUGCCGUUGUGACUCUGUCCAUUUUGAACGGGAAAGACCAUUUCAUCAUCGACCCUCAAACCGGUGUCAUCAAGCCCAAUAUCACCUUUGAUCGGGAGCAGCAGAGCUCCUACACGUUUAUGGUGAAAGCGGUGGACGCAGGCGACCCCCCUAGCUCCUCCUACGCCAAGGUCACUAUAAAUGUGGUCGACGUAAACGACAAUCGCCCUGUGUUCGUUGUUCCCUCGUCCAAUUACUCGUAUGACCUCGUACGGACCACCACCACCCCCGGUGCUGUUGUUACAAGGGUGUUUGCAAUUGACAAUGACACAGGUAUGAAUGCUGAGCUACAGUAUAGCAUUACCAGCAGCAUCAUCAUCACAUCCAGGGUCUCCCCUCGAGGCCUCUUCUCCAUCGACAAAACAACAGGUAACAUAACACUGCAGGAGAAAAUAGUGGCGGCGGAUCAAGGGCUGCAUCGGCUGGUUGUCAAAGUCCGAGAUCUCGGCCAGCCUGAAUCGUUACAAGCCAUCGCGCUCGUUCAUUUGUUCGUCAACGACACUGUGUCAAAUGCCACUUUUAUCCAAGAACAGCUGAGGAAGAGCAUGGAGACGCCGCUGGAUCGUAACAUCGGGGACACUGAGGUAACGCCUCAAGCCAACGGAUACGUGAUUGUUGUCAUCGCCAUCAUAGCCGGGACCAUGACUGUCAUCUUGGUGAUAUUUGUGACCGCCUUGGUGCGCUGCCGACAGACCCCCAGACACAAAGUGGUCCAGAAGAGCAAGCAGAGCGGCGAGUGGGUGUCGCCCAACCAAGAGAACCGUCAGAUCAAAAAGAAGAAGAAGAGAAAGAAGCGCUCCCCGAAGAGCCUCCUCCUGAACUUUGUGACCAUAGAUGAAUCAAAGCCUGACGACCCCACCCAUGAGCAUGUUAAUGGUACGCUGGAUCUCCCCGUGGAGCUGGAGGAGCAAACCAUGGGGAAGUACAACUGGGCCACCACGCCCACCACCUUCAAACCCGACAGCCCAGACUUAGCCAAGCAUUACAAGUCUGCGUCCCCCCAGCCUACGUUUCAAAUCAAACCGGAGACUCCGGUGGCCCCGAAGAAGCACCACGUGAUCCAGGAGCUCCCUUUGGACAACACGUUCGUGGUGGGCUGCGACUCGCUUUCUAAGUGCUCAUCCACGAGCUCCGACCCGUACAGUGUCUCAGAGUGUGGCUGUCAGGGGGGAUUCAAGAGUCCGGGGCAAAUCACCACCCGACAGGAGACGGCACUGAAACCACCACACUAUGGCACACUCUGUGGCACAGGUACAGCCCGCUCCCACAGGAUUAAAAUCAAUCUCUAGCUCCCACUACCUAAAGAGAGAGAGAAUGAGAGGGGGGGCAGGAGGGAGGAAGUGGCGAGGUGAACUACUUUACUGCCUCCGCAGCCUCAAAGCUCACCUCCUCACACAAACACGGGACACACGGAAUGGAGGGGGGGGGGGGGCAGGGGGGGCUUCAUGUUGUCCUGCUUGAAACUUGAUCAAGAUGUGCUGGAAGUAUGAACUGUGAUUGAGUCCAAUGCUAUGACCUAGCGCUCCGGCACCCACGCUGUAAAAUAGCUGUCAAAUACGGUCAAUAGAUCUGUACAUGAAAUAUGAAACAAAAAGUUGGCAAAUUUGUGUUUGGAACAAUGUCUCCUCCCGGUACGUUUCUUACAUGUCUUAUUUCAAUUUGCAAUGAUGCCCCGUUUGUAAGGGAGGUGCACCAAAACGUGGCCUGCUCUUGCUAUUGGUUACAGGUUUACAGGUUUGGUGUUCCCGGGUGGACUGGACCAUUGAAGUCUUAGUGACAACAUAGAAACAACAUAUCGUCAUCCCUCGUAGAUCACGUUUAAUUUUCACUGUUUGGGCUUUGAAAACCAGUUACAAACUGGUUUGUAACAAAUAAAUAUGGUUAGAGCCCCCUAGACAUAAAAUAACACCCCUACAGUCACCGUUACACUUGUGUUAGCCAAUAUAGUAGCCAUCAUACGAGUAAACAGGGCAUUUUAGACAUAAAUUAGACUUGUGCCGGUGUAUGUUGGCUAGAAAUGUCUUCCGGCGCUGUAGAAAAAAGCAGCGACGGCAGACAGGAAGUGACGCUGAGGGGGUCAGAGUUGGGGAUUUUAGGGAUUUUUGAUUUUUGAUAUUGUGCUAUUACUAGUGGUCGGUGUAGAAUACCACAUAUUUGGGCGUCACGAAAUGAGACGGUACGUGAUGAUUGGCUUAAUGAGAACAAGACAAGACGACCUUUGAAAAAUAGAAAAAUAUAUGAUAAAAUAAAAAUAUAAAAAAAUAUAUAUUACGUCUACUAAUUUAAUUUCUACUAAACUCUACGUAUGCUUGCGGCUCGCCUAAAGAGUGCUUACACAACACUCAACAUGAACAAGAGAUCCGAGCGGUCAGCUGAAGUUGCUGGUCCAAUACCCCGAGGUCUUAAAGAAACACCGCCAUGAAGGGUGUAGAGAUACGCAACCAGUCAGAAGUUUGAAGACGCUUUAUCAUGUUAUUGUAUGAGAAAGUGUCUACAAACUUUGGACCGGUUGCGUAAGUACUUCCUGCUAUGCCCACCCAUGCAAAGGAGGCAUCAUUGGAAUUAGCAACACGUGUAUUGGGAAUGAGCAUUGUUCCAAGGGAGAAGUAUAAUAACAUGAAACACACAUUCCAAGCUUUUUGUUUUGUGUUUAUGAUUAUAUGUAUGUAUGUGUAUUACCACAGAGUUGAUGCUGUUUAUAUUUAUUGAGUACAUUUCUUUUUCUGCAAAGCUGCCUGUUGGCAUUUUAUUGUCUUAAUUCUUUUGCAUUCAUUUCCACACAAGUUCGCUUUCGGAACAAAUGACUUCAAAUGUUUUCAUGCUGCAAAGUCUGCUGGGGGGGGGGGGCUUCCCUGAGUGCAUCAUCCAAUCACGGCGGACGCUCUUUUUCACCUUUUCACCGUCCCACAUUUUUGUUGCACAAGAGCAUCUGUGAGUAGAAGAGAAAGUGCCCUGCCCCGCCCCCCCGCACCCCCACCCCGCUGUCAACAACUGCGCUUCUGAUCACCUCGUUGUUAUUACACUGGGAGGAGUGGUCGGACACGUUUAAUACUUUGGGCUAAGCCACAAUCACAAGGGACCGGCCGGGGGGGGCGGGGGGGUUAUAAUCAAAGGCUGUUUAUGUAGGGCAGAUUUGAAGAGCGCUAAGCCUGACCUUUUGUGUGUCACUUUAAAUUCCCAAGUUGGGAAACGGUGGAACCUCCAUAAAGACAUAUUAGGAAAACGACUCCAGAUGGAAGGAUGAAUCAUUGGACAGGCGUUUGAGCGAGAGUAACUUGCUUGCACUUCUUUACACUUGCAGAAAUAUUUUUUCGCGAUGACAAGAACAUUGGGCACCAGACCUUGUGGCCUCUUGUUCGGAGCAUCGUCAUCUUUUGUACGCACAUCACCCAGCAACACUAUGGCACACGCCGUCCCGGUGUCAUCAUUUCCGAGUAGACGCCGUUUGGCAGGGUGACGUGUUGAGCAUCGACAAGCGCUCAUAUCGAAGCCUGCGAUGCGUCCGCAUUCCGUACAUGCAAGCAUAGAAUUAGGCUAAUUGAAAUAGGCGUCGCCAGUCUGCUAGCGAUGUACAGACCGCCGGAGCGCCGCCUGCAUUGUUGGUGAAUGACGGAGAUUUUUUUGUACCAGCAGCCCCUCUGAUUUCGUGCCACGACUCAGCCGACUGUGUCUAUUUUAAAGCUUUGAAUUGUGUUGAGGCGGGUUGUUAUUAUGGAAGGAGGUAUAUUCAUGUAAUUAUGGUAUCAAAUAUAUUCACUUCCGUGUAGGAGCCACAGUAUGACGUAUACAUAGCAUCUUAGCACUGUAAUGAUUAGAUUUGCCUGAUUGUCAGGGAAAAACAACAACAGAAAAAAAACACUCAGAAUUUUGGAGAGCUUGUAUUGUUGUAGGCCAGACGGACAACCUCAUUUUGAUUCAAUGUGACGUACAAUAUGCACCUUACAUGAUCUUUGUGUUUGACUUUGAUUUGCCAGUGUGGAGAAAACUGUAACUGUUUUAUGUAUGUGUGCGCUUCAAAAAUUUAUUAAAGUCUUUUGCAUUGUAUUGAAUAUUCUGAUGGCUCUUUUUUUAUUCAUUGCUUGCAUCACACGGGUCGUUGUUUCCGUCCCGCCCACCGCCAUUCAUUCUUAAUCCCACUUUGGAGACCCCUGCAGCACAUUGCUCGUCAGCUAACGAGGACUUUUAUGGAGUAACACAUGCGCACAUGCUAACAAAUUGUACUGUAUUAACACAUCCGCACAUGCUAACAAAUUGUACUGUAUUAACAUAUGUGCACAUGCUAACAAAUUGUACUGUAUUAACAUAUGUGCACAUGCUAACAAAUUGUACUGUAUUAGCACAUGCACACAUGCUAACAAACUGUACUGUAUAUACAUGACUAGAAAAAAGGGCACCAUCAGUGAACAAGCCCAUGAUUCGUAUGGACUUUGCUCUUUUUUCCAACAUUUUUGAUGUUUUUUCAAAAAUCAAAGCAUUUUUUGAUCAAUGAAAGCAUUUCUGCUGUUUUGUUUUUUUUCAUUUUUCAGCAAUUUGAACUUAAUUCUUGUACAUUUUCUUCCUGUAAAAUGUUUACAUUAUUGCCAUUAUGGAAUUUCAUUCCAUUUCAUUUCAUAAUUUUCCAGAAAUUACAGUUUUAUUGUGUUGUUUUUUUCUACUAUGUUUCUUUACAAUUUUGAUAUUUCAACUAAGUACCUAAGCGGGGUCCACGUGUGGCGAACGACCCACAUCGGAGUCUCCAAGUACCGUAAAGUACCAAGUACAGUAAAGGCUGUUUUGUGAUAAAUUAAAAAAAAAACACUAAUAAUACGGUCGGAUCCAGGCAGUGCAUCAGUAAUACGACAAGACGUGCGUCAUGAUGUACGCUAACUGGAGAAGGCAUGCAAACCGAGACCAAAAAAGCUGCAAUCAGGGCGGACUCUAACCAAGGUUCCGCUGUACAGCAACAACUUUUAGUAGAACGUUCUAGCAGGUUCUUUUGGCCCAUUUUGCUAGCAAGUGUGAACUUGAGGCGUGUGGCAUGGAGAUGCGUGGUCAUCCCAAGCAAGAAAAUCCCAAUUUCCUCCCAUAUUGCGACUCUUCAACACAACUCUGAGAGAAAUACGGCUCAUUAGGAACAGAUUACAGAUAAAAAGUUAUGGAAAUGCGGUAGAGGCUCAUCCUUUGAAGCCCUCAAACGGAAGCUUUUUUUGGAAUAACACCAUUUGGGUUUGGGUUUCUCCUCCACGAGAGAAGAUAAUGAUCAUGUGAUAAUGAUUAAAGCGGCUCUUGUGCUGUACAGUAGCGCUAAAACACAAGCGGGAUGAUGCGAGAAGGCGCCGCGCAGUAACCGCUGCUCCAACUCUGCGUUGGGGCCCAUUUGAUCCAAAAAUAGCCACUUGAAGGCAACAAAACAAAGAAUAGACAAUGAGGAAUGUUUAAUUGCUAAUCAAAGUUAUUUCAUAUUCUCAAACGGGGGAGCUAAUCAGUUCCCGCUGGGGAAAGUGUCCUUGGUGGUUUGAGAAAACGGCUCACGCUAAAGUGGAGUGAUCUGGUAUCGGAGCAUAAAUGUCAGCCUUCUAUUAAUAGCAUCGUGUAAACCUGCCUACUUAAAAACUCCUGGUGUGGAGAUCUUGGGAUAGAUGUGUGUCUUUGGGGGGGGGCUUUAUGGCUAUAUUUUCCAUGCUAUGCAAAAUGAGGUGAUGGCGUUGAGCGAUUCCUGAUGCUUUUUCUUUAGUCAGCUCACCGUGACUUUUAUCAUCCAUAUAAGAUGUAAGUUUUAUAUAUAUAAGUGUUUCCGUCAUGUCUUCUUGACAAUAUGUGACUGUGGGAAGUGUUUUUGUUUUUUAUGGGGGGUAUGCUGACAUAUUGAUCCAUGACCCAUGAGGACAUAUAUUCAAUUUGGAAGAGCAGCACGGAAGCCGGCACGACGCAUUGUGUUUGAUGACAUAGUUUAUAAUGCAAUGAAAUAUCAGCUAUCGGAACAACAGGCCCAGCGGCUCAUUGGGUUGCGGCGGUUGAGGCUUCACAUAUGGUCCUCAUUAAUUGGAUUAUUCUUGGGCUUUUAUCCUUUUUUUUCCCCUUAUUUGGCGUUGCCAGUCAGGCUGCAGCUCCAGAAGUACAAUAACCAAAUACUCUGGCAGUACUGCUGCACGCUUGUGGACCGUGUCUUUUAAAAGGAUGAUCACGUUUAGACGUGCUUUCAUUUGUUUCAGACGUGCUUAAUAAGAUGUUUAGACAUGCAUAAAACAACAUGUCUGAAGCAUGUUGUUGUAUAUGUAAACAUAUGUAUGUGUAGUAAACCUUCUUUUAUUUUAUAUGUUUCUGUAAAGUAGGGUCUCUUAUUAUAAAUGGAAUAUUUUCGUAGGUAUAAACUUUUCAUGGCCUUCUAAAUGCAGGUUUUAACAUCAUUAGAGCCCUCUAGACAUGACAUAACACCCCUAAUCACCUUUGCAUUCCUAUUAGCCAACAUAGUACACAUAAUAAGAGUAAAUAAGGGAUUGUGUUGCUAUUAAACAAUAAAACUAAAAGUGGCAAGGGAGUGUUAGCUUGGCAUGGUUCGUUGGCACAAUUAUGCCAUGAAACAUUACAGCACAAUUACUGACACCUAGUGGCCAGUGUAGAAUACUGCAUGGCACUCCCGAUGUCUUUUUAUUUUAUUUAUAGAUCAUUUAGCCAUUUUUAUAGUUGAAAAUGACAACAAAUUAUGUCAUACAUCUUGUAAUCACACACAGUAUGGUGGCAGUGUUUCUUAAAAGACAUUGGAUUAUGAUUUUGGACGACUCGCUCUGUUUUACGUACCUCAAAGAAGACAAUAUUUCCAAAGUACCGCAACAGUAAAAGGUUUUUACUGUACGAUUGAGUACAGAGUUACCAGGUUAUUGUUUUGUACCGCUUCCCACGGUAGUAUGUGAAUAGUAUACAGUACAUGAAGAAUCCACCAUGUUCUUGCUGGCCAAAGACCAAAGUACAGAGAAACGGAGAACAAACUAUAGUAUGUUGUCUACCUGAUUAGUGUGGGCCUGCAAAUGUACUCGCUGUGUCCCUGUGACCUUGACACUCCAUCUGCCCAACCGACUUCUCUAAUGAGUACAACCUAAACCAGAGAGGGCAAAUAUGGCAAAAAAAAAAAAAAAACAACACAUUUUCAGUUUUUUUCAUACUGCAUUGAUUUUUGGUCCCGCUGAGACGAUCAUUAGCCGUAGGAAGUCAACUGACAACUCAGCCGUCAGGUCCGUGAUCACCUUCCUCUCAAUUCCGAAGCCUUGAUGUUACAUAUUUUAACGUUUACAGAUCCAGAAUCAGCUUUUGGCCAAGUGUGCUUACACAAACAAGGACUUGGCUUCGGUUAAAAGAGACGUCCACAGACACUUGUGAAGUCACUAAAGUGGGAACCCAAAGUAUAAAAGCUGUACAAGCAGGAAUUCAGGUGUGAUGAUAACCAUAGCACCAGACGGUACACAUGUGCCAGCUCAUUACAACGGGAGCAAUACAGUUAAUAUAAAAAUACUGUAUAUACUGUACUCAACGAUGCCAAAUUUAGCAUGGAGCUGAGCGGAUAAUGUCUUAUGACUUGCAUGAAAAUGACCACAAAUACUCGUCAACAACUAGCACAUAUUUAAUCUGCUUAUUUAGUCACAUUUUAUUCCAUCACCAACAAUGUUACAGUAACUACCGAUGCCUUAAGUACUACAUUCUUUAAUUAAUUUUACUUGACGGCUGGUUUUUGGGAUACAUACUACAUAUUCAAGUUGUGUUCUUAGUCCGUGUUGUCGGAUUUUAUGUUUAAAUUAUAGCUAAAUGAACUCCUAAAUCAAUCAUAGAGCAUAUCAUAUGGAGAGCAUCAAAUACAGGAAGUAGUACAGAUUACUUGGAUUUUGUCCAUAGUGGACUAAUCCUUGGAUGUUCAAUGAUCUCAUCUCAGCGAUACAACUAACCGCCUUAGGUGUGCAACAACAGAGCAGUUGGCCAUGGAUGGGUCUGGGACGCACUUUGGGCACCCCUGCUCUGUCGGGCUGGGGUGUACGGCGCCAGCUCUGGGAGCAAACCAGCACCCCACACGGCUUGUCGGGUUUCAGGGACUGGGCUCCGAGGCCGUGUGCAGAGGGGACUGAUGCGGUUUUGGUCUUUUUGAAAUAAACAGGAUGUUGAUUGACACCUCCUUGUCAUCCUGACGUUGAAAUGGGAUCUUUCUCGACAUUCAGUUGUGUUUACGGACCAAAAGCACAUUUUCGGGGGCGUGAAAUGAUGUAACUGCCGUAACCCGAGGACCACCUGGACUGGCUGUGGGGGUUUUGUUUUCAAAUUAGAACACCAUGGAUGUCAACCUCAGUCAUGGAAUGUGUGUCUUGCUUGGCCUCAGAGGUUUCACUGUGUUCUCUUGUAAAAUGUAUAAAUAUGGAAGUUCCAUGCUUUUCUUGCUUUGCACGAUUAGCGAAUCAGCAAGUGCGGCGGGGGCAAUAGCGGCCGUCUCAGCGGGGGGCUACGCGAGACGAUGCUGUCUUUCAGUCGCACUCCACUCAGGGCAACGCGUCACACAAUUGGCGCACAAUCACUGCCAAGCUGAAUAAUUCACCCCCUCCCCCGCCUCCGCCUCCGUCGCCAACACCAGCACCUCAUCCUCGGCUGCGGCGGUCCAACGCCUGUUGUGUGUACAACAAUCAAAUCAGUGUGGAAGCGUGCCGAGUGGUUCUUUCUGAGACGCUCAGCAGCUCGAAAGCCGGUAGAUUGUUUUUCGUUGAUGAAACAAGGUGCGGGGAUCGAAGGGACAUCGAUUGCUGGUGCAAUCGUUUGUUCCAUGUUAAAGGUGUGAUCAAAACAGCGGUUGUGUGUGAGGACCACAUGCGUAGCCGUUGUAGCCGCGCGAGGCUAAUGUCUUUCUUUCUCUUCCAGUGAAGAGAAAUCCAUCUGGGUCCCUCGUCAAGGAUUACAAAUGCUGCUUUUUGCCUAUUUUUGGCCUGCCUGUUCCAAUGUUGUCGCAUCACGAUAAGUGAGCUUUACAAGCAUUAUUUAUGUGACACCCGUGACAUUUUCAUCACCCCGUUCCCCAUUUUGCCCAUUUUUUCAGCAAUCAUGGCGGAACAUUAGUUGUACUCGUGUAGCCUUACUGCUAAUCCUCCUGAACACAGACACAAUAUCAAACAAACACUAAAUUAAAUGGUCCAUUUCUCCUGUUGUGAUUUGUUUUUGUGCGUGUAGCGGCCACGCUACAGAUGGCGCAUUUACAUUCCGCGUACACUUGACCCCGCAGACGCAGCUUGCAUUGAAUUUGUCCCUCAUUUCAUCCUCUUUGAAGCGUACAGCCUGAAACCUGACCGGCAAUCUAUCAUGCUGCUGGGGCUAAUAAAUGCACUUUUCCAACCUCGCCGCAUCCCACUGUGGGUCAUUGUUCAACUCUAUGAUGUUGUCAGUCCCGUGUAAAGCACACGCUUUCCUGAAGCAUCACUGACCCGGGCCAUCAAUUAGGGGUACACUAAUCCCUCCUGUACUGCGGUUAAUUGCUUCCAGACUCAACCGUUAUAAUUGAAUCUCCACAAAGUAGUAUUCCUUACUUAUAUAUUAAAUAUGUUCGUAGUGAGUGAGUAUUUAAGACCGUAUUUAGACAUGAAAUAACACUCAUACUGUAUAGUCACUAUAUGUGGCAUACUGUAAUAAAAAAUACAAUCAGAUGUAUUAGACAUCGGUAGGACGGUAAGCGGCCAUCUUUUGUGUCCCUGCAGUGAUGUCGUAGCCUGCAUCAUGUGAUGUAAUCAAGGAAUAAUAUGAGUGUAAAGGUGACUAUAGGGGUGUUAUAUUAUUUCUACUGAGCUCUAAUAAUAUUUUACAAAGGUUUCUGAUGCUCCGACUACAAAAAUAUUACAUUUAUUAAUAUCGAACCCUACUUUGUUGGCUGGGAUAAGCUCCAGCAUACGCCGCAACCCUAAUGAGGAUAAGCGGAAUAGAAAAUGAUGCAUGGAUGGAAUCCGACUUUGUGGAAAUAACCCCCCCAACCCUCCCCCUUUAUCUAUUGUGAGAAACCCAGUAUGAAGGACAUUGUCAUGACAGGACCCCAAAGGGGGGCAGACUGAAAGGCAGCAACUUAAGACAUUGUCCAAGAAGGACCAUGUGUGUUUCCUGGUUAAUCCUGGUAAUCCCUGAACAGAUUUCCUGAUUUGCCUUUGUAAAAGAGAUUGGGAGAUGAUAAGAUGGCCGUCUCCUUAGAAUAGCUGAUAAUCUGGUUUGAACAGAGGAUUCAGGCGGGGAAUUUAUCCUGCCUUAACAUUUGCCCACUCAGAUGCAUCUGACGGGGGCACACGUGACCAUAACCCCUCACCCACUUCCUGUCUGGGCAGACGACUUCUAGGGAGGAAAGAACAGCGCAAUGAUAAUCAAUGUUGUUUAUUUUGCCGCUUGACUCUUGAAGUACUUUCAGCCAGAUUAUAGGCUUUUGCAGGGGAUAAUCGGGAGAGCACAGACAAUUGCCUUUUUCCAUCCUGACAGUAACCUCCCACAAAAGCGUAAAGAAGGUGAUUUAAAGCAGAUGCCGACACUUAAUUCCCGAUUAGAACCAUUGCAGAGCCUUGUAAAGUUAUCCGGACGACGCAUAAAUCGCUGCAUUUUAAACUCGUCUGGUUCCAAUUUGUACGACCCAAAUGUGGUACCUGAAGAAUUACUUUGCACUCAAAGCCUCGCUUGUGCGUAAUCGAAAAACUGCUCCACCGUGAGUGGCCUUCUCCUGUCUAGCUCAAAGUGGAAAUACAAAACAACCAAGUUCCAAUGUAUUGAUACUGUUCCCUGGAACGGUCCAUGAACGGAUCCCCCUGCUAGUCCGGGUAGAAGUACGUAUCUAGACCGCUGGUAAGGAAUUACCCCUCUGAGCAUUGGAUGCUUGACCAUGUUUGAUGAUGUCAUUUUCAUAACAAAUAUCACCAUUGCCUGCCGGGUACUUUUGCUUGAGACCCCAUUCAUGUUGCAUUACGUUCUUAGUCUGCAAGUGGAAAAGAACUUAAAUAACUCAAAAAUAUCAUUAUUUGUCAUGUUAACACGCACACAGUAAAAACUAUGACAUUUUUAAUUCCCUUGCAAAGAUGUUUUGCAACCGAACCCCCCAAAGCCGAGGUCAAUUGACGUUUCAAAAUGUGCCUGCAUUGUUUUGGGACUGUGUUAAACAAAAAAGUCUUUUAUCCUGUCAUAUUUUUUCAUUGUAUUUUUCUUAUAAUUUAUGUGGACCCAAACUAACGCAUUGUCUUCUCAUGAAAUAUUAAAAAAAUCACUGGAUAGUAGGAGUACAUUUACUUUUGUCCAUCUUGGAAACUAAAGAUGUUGUAAUAUUCAUAUGAUUGCAUGCAUGGCUGCAUCUUAUCCACUAACACACCUGCAACAAAGCUUAAUGAGAGCAGCUCAUUAGCCAAUUAGUGCCUUUGCGUGGCACGAGUGGAAAGGCGAGUAGCGAGCGAGGCAUCCCAUGCAUUUCUUCUCUUUGCAGUUGCACAACCUUGCACAGAGCUGUCAAGCUCAAUCUGGGGCACACAAGUGCACACACACACACACACACACACACACACACACACACACACAUUUACACACACGCACAAGCCAGGGUCCCAAAUGCUAUCCUGCUCAGACUUGCACAGUGUGCAGGAUUAAUCCGCACAUGCAUAAUAACCUGCUGAUUUCUUUUGUGUGCUGGCUUCAAUCAGGAGGAAAGCAAAGGUGCUCAAAGUGAAAGGAAAAAAAAAAAAAAAAACGAAACAAGCAUUUGAAAGAAAAUGUGAAUACCUGAAUGCUGUUGACGCAUUUGUACGGGAGCCAUGACAGUAGCUCCGGUUACUUCUCCACACGCGGUGAUGCGGCUCCAAUUCACAAAUCCAUCCAGGAAUAUCGAGGAAUCAUCCACACAGCCAUUAGCAGGGACUAGUCGGUAAACCACAGAAGUGUUGCAUGAGUGUACUCUCUAAUGGACCUUUAUAUGCGCCCAUGUUAGGGCUCUCAUUUAUACGCAUAACAAGGUUUUGACGGAAUCACUUUUCUGUGCCUGAAAGCAGCUCCGCUUUUUGUGGUCCAUUUAGCCGCAUAAUAUCCUGUUUUUAUUCAACAGCGCUUGCUCACGUACAAUAUUCUUGGUGUGCACCUGCGAUGGUGCUUCACAAUAAAGCGUAAAGCUAGCCGGGCCUCUCCAGACAUGAAAGCAUAAUAGAAUCAGGGAGAUUCAAGUCUUCUUAAAUAAUGUGUGCGGUAUCCGUCCGCGGUCGUUAAGAAUUAAUGUGCGUGCGGUCUUCAAAAAGGAGCAGAGGCUGAUUGGCGAGAUCAGUGGCACAGAUUAUUACAUGUCAUUUUGACAGCUUUUGUUUCAGAGGUCUGCUGUGCUUGGCUGCUCAGACACUCGAGAUGGAGGUAGAUGGCUUCAUGUUGUGCCGGGCCAUGGAUUUUAGGGCAAAACACUUGCGAUGCGCUCAUAUUUUAACGCCUUUUUUACAAUUUUCUUUUGCACAGCAGAAUCAUUUGGUGUGUUUCUUCUUCGACUCACAUUUAAGCUGUUCUUAGUUGUAGCCUACUACUUCACAAAUUACCUUUGCAAGUAGGGGCGUUACUAUGUGGCUCUACGUGGAAAAACAUUGGGUGUGUAUAUACAUAUAUAUAUUACAAUUAUUUUUUCUUUAAAGUGGGUUUUAUAGUCUGUAAAUUACCGUAUAUGAUAUUAAUUGUUAUUCCUGGGUGCUAAUUGUAUUGCCAUUAUUUCUUCAGUUAGUGUACAUAUAGUACAUCAUACACAUAAUGCGGGGUACCCCAGGGGUCAAUAGUGGGUCCAAAACUGUUGAACCUAUACAGUAUAUAAAUGACAUCUGUAAAAGCUAGUAUUAUUUACGGACAAUACUACUUCUGGAGCAAGCAUGCUCGAGCUAAUUUAAAAGCACAGAUGAACUAAAUAUACAAAAAAUAUGUUUUGAGACGAACGCACUAAGUCAACGAUAGUAAAAGUAAAAUAAUGUUAUUUGGUAAUAGCAGAAAGACUAUCUCAUCGUCAUGCGUGCUAUAUACCAAACUAAAACGUGUACGUUAAAAUAAAAAAAACAAACCAUUACCAUCACCACAUUCUGGUUUGAGCUGUUAUGUCGAGAUCAAGCAGCUCAUACGGUUUCUUCAUUCAGUGGCGGUCUUUCAUCAGCGCCACUCGAAUGUGUCAGUUAUUUCUGCUGUUUUGGUUAGCAAGCAACCCAAUGCCGUUUAAAUAGUCGGACCAGGAUGUCUCCUUGCCAUCUGCUCAUCAUCACCUUGUUUUCUCUUUGGUUUCAAGCGCUUCUAUUUGCGAGCACAUGUUUCGACCAUCCACAGCAUUCUUCCAAAGAACGUCCGGGUGGAUCGCCACGGCAUCACGCCCAAGUUCCCUGCAUAUAUUACUUCAGUCUCACAUAUAGACCGGCGUUGCUUCUGAUGGGGGCCACAUGUGUUGAAGCCCAAAGGUAAUGGGCGGCACUUCAGUGAAUUGCGCCGACCUUAUUGUAUUGUGUGGAUGAUUGUGUUGUGCUCCCUCAGAUAAUGACUCUGCCCUACUUUGACUUUGAGGCACUGACCUGAAAUAAGGCACACAAGUGAAACCCGAGCCUGGAUGAACCUGGAAGUGAUUAAGGUCACCCAGACGCAUCACAUUUGUUUGACCCCCCCUACCCCCCCUCGGUGACUCGCAUCGACCGCUGUCUGCAAAUCCUCUGGGAGUCUUUUGUGGGUUUCCUCUUCAAUGCAAACAUCGGCCAUUGAUAACAUGCUCGGGGAAGGUGUCAGGAUGAUUAAAUACAGCCAUGAUAGAGGACUCACAUUUUUUAGCUUCCCAUUGUCUUUGGGGGGGUAGAAGAAAACAACUUGUUCUCUCCUUAAAAUGACAUCUGGUGUGUAGAUCGGGGCCAACCAAUCAAAAUUCAACUUGCCGCACUCUUCUGUCAUCGCUGGAAAAAAAAAAGCCGUGGCAGAUCUGUGCCAGAAAACAAAUAUUUUGUAUUCAUCGGCGGCCCUAAAUUUCUUUACAUUCUGCAAGGACGUGACAAAGAGGAAAAUCGAUGCACAGCACAGCUUGCCGCUACCUCUGAGUCCAAUAUUGCUAUGCACUCACUAUGAGAGCAGACUGCACAACGAGCGAGUCACAGAGGUCACAAAUAAUUCAAUGGCAAGUAUCAGUGGAACUUCACAGUAAAGCCGCCCAAAGCAGCGCGUCCAUGCAGGGAAAUGUGGGAGGAAUCCUGCUGACUUUCUGACAGAAUACGCAAAUAAAUCCCAGAUUUUUGAAGGAGCAAAGAAGUGAAUUACACUCAUAUUUAAUUACUGAUCAUUUAUUUAUCACUGCGACUGAAAAGAUUGAUGUUUCCAGACUCAUCGCCGUGAUACAUACACGCCUUGAUGCUCGCGGGACGCAGGGAUAACACGAGAGCACGCCGAUCUCCUGAGGUUGGCACGCGCCGGGCGGAUCUGCGGUGUGUUUUUGUGUCUUGCUAUUCUGCUGGGGAUCGGCACACGGCUCGCCGCCACCGCCGUGGCGCACGGAUAAAAAUGACUCCUCCUCUGGUGUGAAUGAGGCAGGGAUACAAUAAAGUAAUGAAGUCGCGCUUGCUUUUGAACUUUUCAUCAGCAAUCUGUCGGGAUGUUCUAUUUUUAGGCGCAACAAAGAAAUCGCCAGGGGUGUCCGGUCUCUGGUGGAGUUAUGGAAUUUCAUCUGCUCACAAGAUUCCCACUCCUAUGUGGGGAUUAGUAGCCUAGUAAAUGACGGGAUCGUAAUGUGGGGUUUGACCCGCCUACAUUAUGUACCUGUAGGCCCACCCGCAUGGCACCCGUCAGUCGGAUGCACGAAUGGACCAGACAGCGAUCAGUAUGGGAUGAUUUCCGGAAAAAACAGUCUGUGAUGAGCAUAAAACGAUAAAUAAUCGUAAAUAAUAAUCGAAAUAAUAAAUAAUCGAUAAAUAAUUAAUGCGCGCUAACCACCCGACCGCCGUGCCACAAAGUCAAACAUGUCUUUGUCUAAAUUAAGGCAAUUUUGGGUUCCUUGUUUUCAUAACAGCCAGGAGGGUACAGCCAGGAAUUCCGGGCCCAUGGGCAUUAGGGGGAUCUUGGACUUGUGCUGACUUUAGCCCACCACACGGCCCCCCCGGCCAAUAGCAAUCAUCAGAAAUAAAUGGGAAAUAUGUAAUGAAUCCAUGGGAUUUCCCUCCUGGUUGACUGUCGGGUACGGGUAUGAACCCGCAUGGAGGCGUCAGCAGGAAACACUUUGUCAUGGAGACAAAUGGAGCUGAUGAAUACUCAGCAUGAUGCUGUGGUAUUUGUCAUCUGGUGUUCUCCUUCUAAUGGCUUCACUGCUGAGGAUCCAGGUCAGUGAAGGACAAAGCGCUCGCUUGCAGAAGUUAAGAGAAUACUCUUUAAAGGGCGCACUAAAAGGCAAAACCCAAUUGCUGGAUUUUUACUCAUAUCCUCUUUUACUUCCUGUUAUAUCCAUAUUACACUGAGCACGACCAUUAUAUUUGCUUGGAAGAUAUUUAAUUUUGACCAUCCCAUAUUCCAGCUUCGACCUUGGCAACGUGGAUUUGCUGAUGCAGUGAGGUUGGAUCUUUGUGAUAUUUCCCAGCCUUUUUGGCAAAGAGGAGGGGGGGGGGCAAAGCAACCACAUUUGCCCUGUGAAGAUAACGCUUCAGAGGUCAUUGGGACGACUGAUACUGUAACGCCCUGAUCUUACUAGCAUGUGAGUCGGGUCAUGUGAUGGUGUCCUGUGGACGAUACAGGAUGUACUAUAUACUAUAGAUACGUAUACAGGAUGUAUAUACUAUAGAUAUGUAUACACAGUAUGUACAUAUAUGCUAUAUAUACGUAUAUACAGUAUGUAGGGUGACUGCGGAGAGUGCAGAGGCUUGCCUCCCCUCAUGUAUUCCGACACUUAAAAGCAAUCAGCCGCUACAUGAAGCACACUUGAGCUUAAUGAGAUGCAAUAUACGAGCAGUAGCAACAUUUCUGCUUUUACAGUACAUACACGAUUAUGAUGAAUUUUGAUUGACUCGGACUGAGAGGCACUCGUUCAGCAAUAUGUCUACUAUUAUGGUUAUAGUUUGCACUGCACAGCAUUACAGUCAUUUCUAUUAUUCAUGCUAAUAUUAUGUGCUAACACAAAACUGAGCGUUAUUGUACAGUUCAUCAAGUGAGUGGAUCCCGUGGGGCCAUAUUUUUUUUCAUAGGUUUUCUGUCAGGAUGCUACGGGUCAGACAUUUAAAGAUCUUCUGAAGCACUUAGGGAUCAGUUCUCUUUGUUAAAGAAAGAAGCCUAUUAAAUUUAAUGACUGCCGAGGUCAGAGCUCAUAUUUUUCUACAUUUGUACUUUGAAACCAGGCACAAUAUUCAACCAUAAGACCGUUCUCUGUUUGAGUUGUACUAGAGUUCAUUUCCCACCUGGGUGUAGAAUAUUCAGUUAGUGUAUUUCAUUGUAGUGUAGUAGUAUUUCAUAUCAUCAGGAUCGAUCAAGAAUACAUGACAAUGGUUGAAUUCAAGAAAUUAAUUUGAACAAAUUCAUCAUUUCAAUAAACAAAUCAUGUAUUUCAAUAUCUCCGUCGGAACAUGUUGUCCCCAUCGGUGGGUGCAUGCUUUCCGGGUACUCCGGCUUCCUCCCACAUUCCAAAAAGAUGGAUGUUUGGUUAACCGGAGACUCUGAAUAGUGUCAGCUAUGUUAAUGUAAUGUUCGCUGAGACACACAAGCACCAGAUAUAGCUGGAAUAAGAUGUUUUUAUUGUAGACUUUCAUCCAGCUAAAACUCAUCUCUGAACCUCCAACGUCACUUCCUGUCCUCCCCCACUCAGCACAACACAUUUACAGCAACACACCAAGGAUAUAUUUUAUUUAUGCCGCCUUAAAUGGUGUAUGUUCUCUUAUGUUGUUAACUAUCCAUUUGACUUUUAUUUUCCUGAAUUAGAUAAGGUUUGUGUUUGCACUUAUAGCACAACGCUGUCCGUCAUGCUUAUGUUGGAUUUAUCAUAAAAAAACAUAGAAAAAUAGAAAUCCACAUGCGCACGGUGUAUGGAAGUGCUUCUAAAACGUCCUUGACUACAUUCCAAAACAAAGCAUGGAACAGGCGGCGUGCGAACCGACACACAUUCCCCAGCAACGUGAGGAUUCUGGCCUUUUAUCUGCUGGAUUGUGUUACUAAGGGACUUUUUUUCCUCCCUCUUUUGUCUUAUAACGUCAAGUGUCAAACUCAUUUACAUGAGCUUAAGGGCCAAGCAGAGUUAAAAGGAAAACAUGGCGCUGCUAUGAGGAAAAUAAAGAUGCCGUAAGGGCUGUCUAAAAUACGGCAACAGUAAGUUGAAAGAGAAGCAGCAGGAGGAAGAGACUACAAAAUGAGAAUAUAAGAAGGGCUUGUCACCAGUAAAACAAAGUGUGAGUGCCUCAAUCGGACCAAAACGUGUGUGUCUUCACGGAGCUGGCGGACUGGCCGAAACGCUGCAAUGAUUAAAAUUCAUGAGCUAUUGAAGAAGAGUGGGCUGCCAGUAGAAAAGAUGGCCAAAGGAUACACUGAUUUUAUUUUCUAAUUGCCAACAUGCGGAGCUAUCGCUUUACCUUGGAUGAAAAGCAGGCGGGUUCCCACACAGAUCCCAAGUGCUGCUCACUUAAGACCGAUUGGGGCCUGGAUUGUGCUGGCAGGAGAAUAAAGUUGGGGAAGCAAAGCGCCGUAUUGGCUCAGUGCCACAUUUUAAGCGAGAAACAGCUGAUGUUUCUUAACUUGCAGGCGGGAUUUGGAAGUUAAGCAUUGCAACGCUCCACUCCUUGCGUCGUCAGAUUGUCUCAUUCGGCGGCGUAAUCUCAGAUUUACUGCGAAAUAACAACGCAGGGCCUGCCUGUUCUGCAGUGUGUAGCGCUUCCCAAAUCCAGAAGAGAAUAACAAGAAAAUCCACUGUUCGACUUUCAUCCGCGCACAAUAUAAAUAAGUAAAUUAUCAAUUGUGCUUAAAGAGGCGUACAAUGUGCAGAACAGAGAACAUUGUGUUGCUGGGAUAAUCCCUUCCAAGAUUUACCCUGAUGUUGCCUUGAGGGGGAAUAGAGGGAGCGAGAUCUCAUUCCCCCGUGUGUCUCUAUUGCUCGCCUCCGUGGAUACAUCGCCACUAUCGCGGCUCCUGAUCAGCCCUGCUUAGGUACUGUAUGCUGCGUCGUGUUCUUUGAUAUUCCAGCUAAUCCAUCAAGUGAAGAGAUUUAGCCCCAGAUUAAGGCGACUCGAUGAACCUCUGACUACGUGCUGCCAUUGCGCGUCGUCCCGCAGCCUUUUCUCGGUGUACUUGAACGUGUGCUUGCAUGUGUGUGGGGUUGUUCGGCAAGGUGGAUGUCUCCAUCUCGUACGUGGGCAGGAUAGCGAGAUUAUUGCUACCUUUGCUUCCCCGGAGCGACUCGAAAGCUUUGAUAGGCGCUUUUGCGUUUCACAAAUGAAAGGCAAAACACACAACCUGAGAGAGCUAGAUUCUCUACAAGGAUGCUUCUAGUAAGGAAAUAAAGCCCGGAGUAGAAGGAGUACUUCCGUGGCACCACAAUGGAUGGAAGGGCCAAACACCCGGGCGGGUAGAUGUACUCUGAAACUGAUGACUUAGUAUGUGUUCCGACCAAUUUUGUUUUACUAGCUGGGAUAUAAUGCUAAGUGUCUUAAGGAAGUUUUACAACCAAAAGAGUAGACACAAGCAAACUGCAGUGCUGGGGAGACCAGUUAGCUCAAGGUCCAGCAUAAAAACCAUAAGUAAGGAUUAGUGUUGCAACGACCCAUCAUCAGUCGGGUAAAACUAACCUGUCUCAAUACGGUCUAAUCCCAGCUCACAUUCCCUAUUAGUGGGUGAACAAUCCAACAAGUGCAAAUGUGUGAUUUAUCCAAAAAGAGUGGAAGAUAUUCCAUUCCGAACAGAUGUGUUCAACCUUGUCAUAUUUGUUUAAAAACGGUGCGUUUGCUGUUCUUGUAGGGCUGAUCAUAUCCAUCCAUCCAUCCAUCCAUACAUUGUUUUCCGCUUAUCCAAGGUCGGGUUGCGGGGGCAGCAGCCUAAGCAGGAAGGCCCAGACUUCCUUCUCCCCAGCUCCCCAGCUACAGGGCGUUCCCAGGUCAGUUGAGAGGCAUAAUCUCUCCAACCUGUCCUGGGUCUCCCCCAAGGCGUCCGGGAGGCAUCCUUUCCAGAUGCCUGAGCCACCCCAUCUGCAUCCUCUCAAUGCGGAAGAGCAGCGCUUGUACUCUGUACGUAUCUCCAAGGGCCAGCCCACCUUCCUACCCGUGGACCCGGGAUCUUUGGCCAUGAUCCCAAAGCUCAUGGCCAUAGGUAGAG